AUUUAUGUGUACACAAUCGAAAUUUCUAUUGCAGCAUGAAUAAUGAAAAUCAAACAGAAAGCAAUAUGGGUGAAAAGAAGGAUCUGCAAGAUGAGCAUGAAGCUAUUCAUCAAGAUGAAGAUUCCGAUUCAUUAUUAAGUGAUGAAUCUGAUGAGGUCUCAGAUGAGCAGGAAGAACUGUCAAAUCCCAGAGUGUUGAUGCGAGAAUCCAAUCCUGAGCUUCCUGAGACUGUUUCUGUCCUUGAAACACCAGAUGGAGGAAAGGUUUACCUGGUGGGAACAGCUCAUUUUAGUGAGAGCAGUCAGGAAGAUGUUGCUAAGGUGAUAAAGGCUACUCAGCCUGAUGUGGUCAUGGUAGAACUAUGUAGUAGUAGGGUAAACAUACUCAGAAUGGAUGAGGAAACAUUACUCAAGGAGGCAAAAGACAUCAACAUGGAGAAAAUUAAAGCAGCAAUACAACAAAGUGGCGUCCUGCAGGGGAUCAUGCAUCUCUUACUGCUGAGUAUGUCUGCCCAUCUAACCAAAGAGCUUGGCAUGGCACCAGGUGGGGAGUUUAGACGAGCAUUUAAAGAGGCUCAGCAGGUUCCAGGCUGUCGAGUGCACCUUGGUGAUCGACCAAUCAACAUAACUCUGCGUCGUGCUCUUGGAGCACUCUCAUUAUGGCAGAAAGUGAAGCUAGCCUGGUAUAUGCUCACAUCAAAAGAUCCAAUUAGCAAAGAAGAAGUUGAGAAAUGUAAGAACAAAGAUAUGCUUGAGGAAAUGCUGAAGGAGAUGACAGGAGAGUUUCCGUUGCUAAGUAAGGUGUUUGUGACGGAGAGAGAUAUGUUCUUAACCCAUUCACUCAGGGCAGCAGCACACCCUCUCAUCUCAACAGAAACUGAGUCAGGAUACAUUCCAGCAGUGGUAGUUGGAGUUGUAGGUAUAGGGCAUGCCCCGGGCAUAAAGGAGCAUUGGAAUUCUCAUAUUGAUCUACAUAGCUUACUCAGUGUUCCAGAAACCACACUUCUGAGUAAGAUGUGCGUUUGGACUGUAAAAGCAAGUAUUCUAGGUGCCUUAGCUUAUGGCUCAUAUAAAAUGGGAAAAUGGACAUACUUGACUAUAGUCCCAUCUUUAGGAUUUUGAUUGCUAUUGCUGUACAUAAUAGAAAUGGGACUAAUCGUACCUCAAGAAAGAUGACACUUUAGAUUUUACUCUUAUGACAUUUUAGCAGAGUCAUUUAUUACAACCUAUUUAUGUGAUGCUCAUUAAAGAAAGGCUUCAUUAACUAAUAGGGCAUAUUAGCUAGGGUUUCAAGGCCCUAACCAGGACCUGUAGCUUAAUGUUUAAGGCCUUAAAUGGGACAUUUAGCUAGAUGUUUAAGGCCUGAAAUCUGACCUAUAGCUAAACGUUUAAGGCCUGAAACUUACAAAUCCUUAAACAGGACCUGUAGCUAUAUGUUUAAGGCCUUAGACUAGACAGAACCUAAAGCUAGAUUCUUAAGGCCUCAAACCUGACCUAUAGCUAGAGGUCCAAUACAUUAAAAAGAACAUACAUGACAUGUAUAGCUGGAUAUUCAAGGCCUUAAUAAGGACCUUUAGCUUGUGAUUCAAGGCCGUGGCUCAUGAGAUCUGAGAACAAAAGAUAUUAAUAUAUUUUAGGAAUUAAAUUUUUUAAUCAAAGUGCUUUACACAAUGAUUCAAUACAUGAUCUGAUACAGUCUAUGUUGAAAAAUGACUGUUCACUGAUGCAUUUUUCAAACAGAGGUCAUUAUUAUAGUUUUGAUUAUUAUCCCACCAAACAAAGUUUAGGAGGGAUAUUGAGCCCUGAAUUCAAAAUUCAAAGGCAGAAUAAGAUCUAUAGGGAGUGAUAAAAUUGCAAGCAAUAUGU